AUGGAGGAGCUGGUGGGGCUGCGUGAGGGCUCCUCGGGGAACCCUGUGACUCUGCAGGAGCUAUGGGGCCCGUGUCCCCGUGUCCGUCGAGGCAUCCGAGGUGGCCUGGAGUGGCUGAAGCAGAAGCUGUUCCACGUGGGCGAGGACUGGUAUUUCCUGAUGACCCUCGGGGUGCUCAUGGCCCUGAUCAGCUAUGCCAUGAACUUCGUCGUCGGGCGUGUGGUGCAAGCACACAAGUGGCUGUACCGGGAGAUUGGGGACAGCCACCUGCUCCGGUAUCUCUCCUGGACUGUGUACCCUGUGGCCCUCAUCUCCUUCUCCUCGGGCUUCUCCCAGAGCAUCACGCCGUUCUCUGGAGGUUCUGGAAUCCCAGAACUGAAGACCAUCUUGUCGGGUGUGGUCUUGGAUGACUACCUGGAUAUCAAGAACUUCGGGGCUAAGGUGGUGGGCCUCUCCUGCACCCUGGCCACCGGCAGCACCAUCUUCCUGGGCAAAGUGGGCCCCUUCGUGCACCUGUCUGCGAUGAUGGCUGCCUACCUGGGCCGCGUGCGCACCAAGACCAUCGGGGAGCCUGAGAACAAGAGCGAGCAGAACGAGAUGCUGGUGGCGGGGGCCGCGGUGGGCGUGGCCACGGUCUUCGCCGCGCCCUUCAGCGGCGUCCUGUUCAGCAUCGAGGUCAUGUCUUCCCACUUCUCUGUCUGGGACUACUGGAGGGGCUUCUUCGCUGCCACCUGCGGGGCCUUCAUGUUCCGCCUCCUGGCCGUCUUCAACAGCGAGCAGGAGACCAUCACCUCCCUCUACAAGACCAGUUUCAGGGUGGACAUCCCCUUUGACCUGCCAGAGAUCUUCUUUUUUGUGGUGUUGGGGGCCAUCUGUGGUAUCAUGAGCUGUGCCUACCUCUUCUGUCAGCGAAUCUUCCUUGGCUUCCUCAAGACCAAUUGGGUCCUCUCCAAGCUGCUGGCCACCAGCAAGCCUCUGUACUCCGCCCUGGCAGCCUUGGUUCUCGCCUCCAUCACCUACCCCCCUGGUGUGGGCCGCUUCAUGGCGUCUCGGCUGUCCAUGGAGCAGCACCUGGAAACACUGUUUGACAACAACUCAUGGGCGCUGAUGACCUGGAACUCGUCCCCGCCCUGGCCCACUGAGCCCGACCCCCAGAACCUGUGGUUCGAAUGGCACCACCCACGGUUCACUGUCCUUGGGAUCCUUGCCUUCUUCCUGGUGAUGAAGUUCUGGAUGCUGAUUCUGGCCACCACCAUCCCCAUACCUUCUGGGUGCUUCCUGCCCAUGUUCAUCUAUGGGGCUGCCAUCGGGCGCCUCUUAGGGGAGGCCAUCUCUGUCGCCUUCCCUGAGGGCAUCGUGGCUGGAGGAGUCACCAACCCCAUCAUGCCUGGGGGGUACGCCCUGGCAGGGGCUGCGGCCUUUUCAGGGGCAGUGACCCACAGCAUCUCCACGGCACUGCUGGUCUUCGAGCUGACUGGCCAGAUCGUGCACGCACUGCCCGUGCUGAUGGCAGUGCUAGCAGCCAACGCCAUUACCCAGAGCUGCCAGCCCUCCUUCUAUGAUGGCACCAUCAUUGUCAGGAAGCUGCCAUACCUGCCGUGGAUUCGUGGCCGCAACAUUGGCUCCCACCGUGUGAUUGUAGAGCACUUCAUGAACUGUGCUGUCACCACGCUGGCCAAGGACAUGCCCCUGGAGGAGGUGGUCAAGGUUGUGACCUCUGCAGAUGUGGCCGAGUACCCCCUGGUGGAGAGCACAGAGUCUCAGAUCCUGGUGGGCAUUGUGCGAAGGGCCCAGUUGGUGCAGGCCCUUCAGGCUGAGCCAUCUUCCUGGGCUCCAGGACACCAGCGGUGUCUCCAGGACAUCUUGGCUGGGGGCUGCCCCACGGAGCCAGUGACCCUGAAGCUGUCCCCAGAGACCUCUCUGCACCAGGCACACAACCUCUUUGAGCUGUUGAACCUUCAGUCGCUCUUUGUGACGUCGCGGGGCAGAGCCGUGGGCUUCGUGUCCUGGGUGGAGUUGGAGAAAGCAAUUUCCAACCUGACAAAUCCGCCAGCCCCAAAGUGAGCCAGUCCGGCAAGAUGAGACAGGGCACCUCAGCUGCCCUGGUGACUGAGGGUGGGCACAGACCCUGCCCCUUCCCCCCCCAUCACACAUACCCGUCCCCUCCAGUGCAGCUCAACUGCUUGGCAGAGCAGACAGCACUAACCUAGCCCUGAAGAGAGCCCCGUGUUCAACUACGUCCCAUGCUGGGUGGGACAAUGGCUACUGCCUUGAGGGGCAAAUCCCACCCUGGACAGAGCUCAGAGUGCGAGACAGCAGAAAACCGUUACACAGCAGGUGCUCAGUGAAGGUUUGUCACAUUCAUAAAUGAAGAGAUUGGCGUAUGCUGUCACCAAGGGCUGGCACAGAUGCCCUCUAGGGGUUGUCUGAUUCCCAACCAGGGGCUCUUGAGAAAAAUAAAGCUGAUCUCCAGACCUGCUGUUCAUCCCUCA